UGUAGUCAUGUAGAGGUAGACAAAUAAAUUUUUACCUCGAAUUAUCGAAAAACGUGAAUAAAUUUGGUUUUUUAUAUUAAUUAUACUUGAAUAAUAUUAUCGUGAAUAUUUAAUUAUCAUUUAUUGAUAAUAAUUCAAUAAAUAAUAGUGAACACUAUUGUGUGAAAUAUUAUUAUUUACAAUUGACCAUUUUGAGAUUAAAUAUGUCAACAUCUUUGGCAGAACAAUUGAAAAAAUUACGUGCACCCCAAACAUCGUUGCUUUUGCAAGAUAAAAAAAGGCCCAGUCUUUUAUUUGAUCCUAAGGAAGCUGCAAAUCUUGAUCGAGAUACAGUUUAUAAUAUUGGUAAAAAUGGAUUCGACGAUCUCGUCAGAUUAUCUGAUUCAUUUCGAGAAUUUGAGUCUACACUCUUUGCUCGAUCUUCAAUUAGUUUACAACGUUCAAUUCAUAACAGCAAGGUUAACAAGAAGUUAGAUAAUGAAAUUGAACGAUUUUUGAUAUUUCUUUCACCAUACUUUUUACUCAACACAGCACAUAAAGCAUUAGAAUGGUUGAUUUUUCGAUUUCAAAUUCAUCAGUUCAAUAAAGAUGCUUUUUUGAUGCUAAUUCUUCCUUAUCAUGAGACAAGAAUUUUUGUGCGGGCUCUUCAGCUUAUAGAUUUGUCUGAUCAAGCUGAUAAAUGGCAUUGGUUGGAGCCUUUGCAAAAACCAGGAGUUCCACUUUCUUCACUUACACUUGUUAAUCGAGUGGCUACUGAUAAUGGAUUUUUAAAAUUACUUUGUACUCACAUUGUUAAGGCGACAUCGAUCCAUGGUGAAGAUUCAUCAAGUUUAAGCACUCUUAUUGCUUUUUACACAAUGGUGAUUAUUGGAGCAAUUGAAAGAGCACAAAAAAUUACAGAAGUUCAAGUGGGACAUUUAUUACCAGCUUUAGCUAAAGGUUUAGCUAGUUCUACGAUUGAUUAUGCCGCUGGUAAUUACAUGAUUCUUGCUAAAUUAUCAUCAAAAACUCAAUUGACUAAAGAAACAAUAGAAUAUUUACUUUUAAAAGCUUUGAAACGUCCAACACUUUCCAAUGAUGUGAUGCUUCUCAUUCUCUAUAUCUAUGAGUCAACUCCAAAUUCAUUUGAAACAGUUUCUAAUAAGAUUGUUCGAAGAAUUUUUAAAUUGUCUUGGUUCUGUGAUGAAAUAACAAAGAUUAAAACUGAUACGUCAGUUAACGUCAUGAAAUUUUUGUACCUAUUCUUGGAAUCAGCUUUAAAAUAUGUAUUAAAGAAUCCUGAUGAAUACGAAGAAGAAAAAAAAGUUAUUAAAACAAUAUUUGAGAAGGUUCCUCUAGAGGAGAAAGAAGUUAGCGAGAUUUUAAAUAAUACACUUAAUCCCAGCAUAGUUUCUGGAAAAUUAUCGAAAAUUGGAAGAAACUUUCUCUCUCAAAUUUAUGGUUUUAUAGAAGUUAGAUAUGCAACUUGCUUUGAUAAAUUCCUGAAAGAUCUGAUGAAAAAUAGUGAAAGCAAUGAUAAAUCUAAAGAGCAAUUUAAAUUUUUAAUGACUUAUUACUCUAGAGCAAAAAGUACUAAAGAAUCUCUUGAUGCGUGGGAUAGAUUAAAUCAUUAUUUACCAGAACAGCGAAUGAUAGCGAUUGAUAUUCUAUCAAAAAAUCUUAAACUUACUGAAAAUUUUGAUGAGAUGAUUACUAAGUCAUUAUUAAACCGAUUUGAUGAUGAGGAUGUAAGAGUUGUAGACUCUUUAUUGAAAUUUCCAGUAGAUAAGUUGAAGAAAUUAUUUCCAACUGACAUCCUAGUGGAUCAUGUAAUGACUUUACUGUCUCAAUGUCAUACAGAAAAGAAGAAAGUUUUGGCAAAACCAGCAUUAAAGCUUUUGCUUCAAGUUUGUCAUGAAGACGAUGAUACGAGUAUUUUUGUUGCUACACUUCCUUAUCUCUUUCCAAGUAAUGAAGAAGAGAUAGAAAUAGCAAUGGAAGUACUAAAUAGUCAAUUUGCAAAGAAGAAUAAAUAUUUGCAAGCAGUGAAAAAUGAUUUAAAUGAUAUUCUUGAUGCAGAAUCAAUCGGAUCUGCAGCUUUUCAUAAUAUUUUAAACUGGGAACUUCUUCCCAAGACCGAAAAUAUUUUAACAACAAUGAAAUUGUCACCUUUGACUGAUGCUACAACAUUAUUCUUCAAUCUUGUACUUCUUGGAUCAGUCUGUCGAGUUCCUGUUGGCUCUCUACACUCAAAGAUAGCUCGAGAAGUUAUUGAUAUGGCUGCAAAAAUGAUUAAACAGUAUCCUAGAGUCAAAAGCUUAUCAAUGAGUAAUCAAUUAAAUGGAGAGCAAAUCCAGGAUGCAUUAAGUUUGACUUCACAAGGAAUUUUACCUCUUCAAGCUGGUACUUAUGUAUUAGAAAUGGUUCACCGGCGUUUAGAUCUUCAAUCAAACCCUCUUUUGGACUUUGAAGAUGAUUUAGAUUAUGCUCAACUAGUGUUAAGACUAUUGGAAAUAUUCUUUGAAGGUUUAGGAUCAUCAAAGCGUCAUACACACUAUUCUUGGUGCCUAAAAAUAUUCUUCCAACGACAUUUCCCGUCUUCUAGAGAUAUGUUACGAUUUCUUUCACAAUUUUUCAUUAAACCUGUACAAGUACAGACAUCAUUACAUGCUUUAAAAAUUGUUUUAAUAAUUCUAAAUAAAUGUGAUUCACUUCAGUGGAUUUCUAAUGAUCAAAUGUUCAUCUCGAAUUUGCUAAUUGCUUUAGCAAGACCUAAUAAACUUUGCAGAGAAGCGGCUGGAGAAGUUUUAAAUACAAUUUCUAAAACAUUAAAAUCAAAAAUGGAUGGUCCUUCAACAUUACUUGCUGAACUGUCUUCAAGAUCUAUGGAAAUUUUUAUGGAUUCUGAUCAAAUAUCACUUAUAUUAUAUACUUUACUAUCUCCAGAUCCUGAUGUGGUAUCGCAAAUUAAAAAAGAUCUUCGUAAAAAAUAUCAAGAAGCUCGAGAAUUUUUAUUUAAUAUUGUUACUGAUUCUAAGACUCCUGUUCACAUAUCUGCACAACUAUUGGAAGUUUUAACUCAUGUGAAUGGAACGGAAAUAGUUAAAAAACUUGCUCCACAAGGUCAUAAAUUGCUGCAAAAAAUUCAACAACAACAAGAAAAUAAAACGUUUGCUAAAAUGAAUCUAAAAAAUAUUUUACAGCGUUUUGAUAGUGUCAUUGUUGAUAUUUUAAAUGAUGAUGAAGUCUGGAAAUUUUUUGAAGCAGCAAUAAGUAAUCAUCAACUCCAAAUCCCAACAGAAAAGGGUAUUCAAACACCCAGUAUUAUUUUAGUGAAACAAAUUGAUGAAAUGUUCUUUGAAAAUUGCGGAAAAAAAAGUUCUGACCUUCAAAAGAAGAUUUUAACAAAGCUAGUAGAUAUUGUGACAGAUUGUGAAAUCGGUAGUAUUGUUACAGUAGCAAAUCGAACUGUUAGACGAGUUAAAAUUGAUGCUCAGCUUGUUAUCAAUGAACUUAAAACUAUGAAAAAUGCAAAAAUACCAGAAGAAAAAAUUAAAAUGAAUACUGCUAAAGCAAGAAGACUAUCAAAACUUAAAGAAGCUACUAUGUCUUCAGAGAUUGUCCACACUAAAGCGUGGAAACGAGGGAUCACAAUCUUAGAAUUUAUUCAAAGAGCCGAAAAUAUAGUACAUGAAAAACUUCUGAUACCAGCUUUAUUUGAUUUAUUAAGAAUGUGUUUAGGAUGUGAAGAACCUAGUCCACUAGAAUACACUAAUCAAUUGCUAUUAUCAACGAUACAUCGUUUAGUUAGUGAAAAUAUUUAUAUUCCUGAUGCCGAUCAGCAAGUAGAUCUUGUCUCUCAAUGUAUUAGGCAGUCACAGAAUCCGCAAACACAUCAUCAUGCACUUUUAGUUCUAGUUGAACUUUUUAAAGUGGCUAAUCUUCAAAUUGCACUUCAUAAUAUCAUGCCUAUCUUCACUUUUAUUGGAGGAUCCGUAUUACGACAAGAUGAUGCUUAUUCUGUGCAAAUUAUCACAAAAACUAUUGAAACCAUCAUUCCUAUUAUUAAUGUAGUUGAUAAUGAAGUUCAUGCUUGCACAGUUCUACGAAUUUUUAUUGUUUCUUUGCCAGAUAUUCCUGAGCAUCGAAGAAUUCCACUAUUUGUAAAACUUCUUCAACUUUUUGAGAGACAUCUUUAUCUUUUUUAUCUUCUUACUUUUGAAAGCCAUGUCUUAAUUCACGGAAAUGAUUCUGUUAGUCAACAAAUGUCAUCUCAAAGAUUGGAAUUUGCUUUAUCAAUUUCUCAAGAAUUUUCUCCAAAAACUUUAAUCGAUGUUUGCAUAAAACUUCUUCACUUUGUUCAAUCAUUACCAGUAGAACUUGACGAAAAUGCUGAUGUACGACCAAUUUUCAAGAAAAACUAUAUAUUUAAUGUAGAGAAGAAUACGCCUAAACAAUUGAGGCAUUACAAAUAUACUGUGGUACAAUUCUUGAGUGCACUUUUGUCAUCUUUAAAUUUUGUAAACCGAGUAGCACUUUUAAGUUCUGAAGAAUCCGCAGAAAUAAACCCAUCUUAUGAUGAAUUUAUUGUUUUAUUAAUUGUAAUAAUUCAAUCUACAUCUAAAAGUGCUGAUAUACAUCAAGGAAAGCCUAAAGGACUAUACUGGAAAGUUUUACUUCAUCAUCUUUAUGAAAUUUUAGAUGCUAUUGAUGGCUUGUUACCAAAUAAUUCAUUUAUUAUAACUGUAAAUAAACUUAUCAACCAUGAUUUAUUGUCAGUUAGAAAAAAAGUUCUCGAAUUAACAAAUCUUCGUCUUCAAAAGAAAAAAUUCAAUGUAGAUGACCAUAAAGAUCUUCUCAAAUUAAUAGAUCCAUUGAUAAAAAUAAUUAAAAAACAAGGAAUGAUCUUGAGCCAAGAAAUGGAUGUGAUUCAACAAACUGCUUUAAUAACUCUCAAGCUUUUGGCUAAAUAUUUAGCUCCUGAUUAUCCAGACAAGUUCAAAUCAAUUUUAGAAAUCACAACAGAGUUUAUGAAAGUUAAAGAAGGACCUCUACUUGGUUCUGUCGUACUUUGUGUUGGUGAAUUGUGUGGAUCAAUGCGAACAUAUGCCAUCAGCCAUCUAAACAAAUUUAUGCCUGAAAUAAUAAGACUUUUAAAAAAAUAUUGCAAUCAGGAAGUUCCGGAUAUAGUUGUUCUAAGUAUUGUCAGUGCUCUCCAAAAAAUUGUUGAAUCUCUUGGAAACUUUUUAUCUCUUUACUUGGACAAACUUUUAUCAGAAUUGUGUAGAUUAUCAUCACUUUAUACGGAUUCUGAUAAUCCCAAAAUUGAAUCAGUAGUUGUACGAAUUAAAGCUACUCGUCAGAAGUUAUCCAAUUGCAUUCCAUUGCGAGUAUUACUACCAGCAGUGUCUAAAACUUAUCAUAAUCUCGUAGAAAAAAAAGCAUAUCAAUGUAUUCCAGCUCUAAUGGAAAUUCUUGCUGAGGCUUUUACCAAUAUAGUUUCUUCAGAUCUUCGACCUGCUAUGUCUGAUCUCGCAACUUUCUUCCUUAAAGUUCUAGAGUUUCGAGAGCAUCUAGAGACUUCAGAGGCUCUAAAUAAUUGUGAAGAAAUGAUGGAAACUGAUGACGAGAUUAUAGACAACCGACAUCAUAUCGUUUGCGUUGAAGAGUCUGUGAGCAAAGCUUUAGUAAUGCUGAUACUUAAAUUGUCCGAAGCAACAUUUACACCACUUUAUUUCAAACUUUAUGACUGGGCUGCAACAAAUCCUGAUAAAAAGUUGAGAAAUAUUACAUUUUAUAAACUUUCUAAGAAUAUUGCGGAAGCUCUUAAGUCUCUUUUUACCCUCUUUGCUGGACACUUUUUACAACAUGCGGCUAUGUUGUUAUCUCAGAAUAAUCUUUUUGUUAAUAAAGAACCAACAGAAAACUUGAUUACCGAUGAAUCGCAAAGAGUUGAAUUAAUUGAAGCAAUUCUUACGACAUUAUAUAAUAUCUUUAAUUAUGACAUUCAGAAUUUUGUUAAUCAAGAAAGAUUCGAGACUAUAGCCAAACCCAUUGUUGAUCAGAUAGAAAACAUAAUCGGAGAAAGAGAAGAAUUUAGUAAACGAGCUAAGGACAUUAUUGUUCCUUGUAUUGCUUCUUUUGUAUCUGCUACUCAAGAUGACUCCUUACACAAACAAGUAGUCUAUCAAACAUUACUGAAAACUCGCCACUCAAAACCUCAUGUCAGAAGCACUGCUCUAAGUGUCAUCGUUGAAAUUGCCAGGAAAUUAGGUGAAGAUUUUAUGCCAUUGUUACCCGAAACAAUUCCAUUCCUUGCGGAGUUAUUAGAAGAUGAAGAUGAAGAAAUUGAGCGAGCUACACAAAAUGCUGUUAGAACUUUAGAGGAAAUAUUAGGGGAACCUUUGCAAAAAUAUUUUUAACCUUAAAUAAUAAUUAGCAAUUCAAUGAUAUUUGACAGUUUAUUUUUGUAAUUUGUAUAUAUAUAAAAAAAAUAUUUGCUUAUAUUAUUGUUAAUGAACUAGUUUUCAAUAAUUAAUAUUAAUAAUAAUAAAAAUAAUAAUAAUUAUGUUAAGUUAGAUAUAUUUAUGUGUAUACUAGCUAUGAUACAGCAAUAAAAAAGGAAUUUUUUUCUCUACAGUAUAGUUUUUAGUAAAUAAAAAUAGGCAUU